AUGGACCAAUUCCAAGCCUUUGACUAUGACUCGGUGGAGCUACGGACGGCGUCAACCGAGAUCCGGCUGCUAGAUCUUUUACCCUCUCGAGGUUUGGUCGAUAGCCGUCUGAUCGGCCGUCUAUACACAAGCUCCAUUGGAAGCCCAUCACCCUACAUCGCUCUCUCAUAUGUUUGGGGCUUAGGCAAUAAAACUCAAUCAAUUCAGAUAUCGAACUCGAGUGACGAUGAGGCAGCUUUUAUACCUAUCACGGAGUCGCUAGAGACGGCACUACAACAUUUCCGAAAGCCCGAUGAGGUGAUAACACUAUGGAUCGACCAGAUCUGCAUCAACCAGGCAGACAAUAGAGAAAAAGGCCAGCAGGUCUCGAUGAUGGGGAGAAUUUACUCAUCUGCGACACAAGUGCUAGUAUGGCUUGGUCCAGCCCAAGACGGCUCAGACAAAUUGAUGGAAGCAUGGCAAGACAUUGGCCAGAAGUCUCAAGAGUUUGGAAUGGAGAGCUACAUGAACCCGCAGAGUUACUACCUCAUAUCAGCAUUGGCUAGAAGCAAAGACCCUUCUGAUGAGACUGCUAUGCGCUUCCAAAGCUUGUUGGCCAGUACUGUUGAGGCAUUUGCUCCUUUGCUAAAGGAAUCAGUGCUGAAAAAGUGGUUCAAGAGACCAUACUUUUCACGAGUCUGGAUCAUUCAGGAGUUUUGUCUGUGUCCUGAAACCAUCUUCGUGUGCGGUUCCAAGACGAUACCCGUGGACUUUGUCAAAUUCGCGGUGCUGCUGCUUCAAACCGCGAUAGGCAACAUGCCCCAAGGCGACUACGAGCAGCUUCAGCCGCCUGAUAUGCCUCUGGAGCGACUUUCCGAAGUGUCUUCUGAACCAACAGCUCGGUUGUUUGGCUGUCGUUCACGUCACCAGAAGCAUAAAGACGACGAGCUGUACAUGUUGUUGCGCAGACUAUUCGUUGAGCUUGAGACGAAUGCUACCGUGCAUCGUGACCGUAUCUUUGCCCUUCUUGGCCUGGCUGCGGACGCAGAGAAGCUUGGUAUAAAGCCGGACUAUGAGGGAAGCACCGAGCUUAUCCUGACGAAGACUGCACGCACGUUGAUUGAGAAGAGUGGUCGUGCGGACCUUCUGUGCUACUCUCAAUUCCCUAAGCUUGAGGAGCUUUCACUUCUACCGUCGUGGGUUCCCGACUGGCGAUCUAAUCUAAGCCGUUCGUUCUACACCAUCAACGAGCGCAUUGAUAAGCAUCUAUUUGCUGCGUCCGGUCACGAUAGUGUUGUUGAGGUUGUAAAAGACCCAAAUCGCAACCAGGAUAUCCUGGGACUUAGAGGCCAUACUGUUGAUAUGAUUGAGGAGGUUGCCCAAGGUGAUGGCUGGAUGGACAUGAGCUGGGAUUAUGAGAGAUUUCUUGGCUAUAUGGCUCAAAUAGAUGAUCUAUGGCAGAAAUCUAUGGGGAAGACUAGCAUAAUCCACGGCGAAGUAACUCAACAGCGAAAAGAAGAGGCACGAUGGCGUUUGCCUAUUGGAGACAUCUACUGGACAUGGGAAGGGGAUCAACAGAGAGCGAAACCGGAGAUAGCAGCGUUUCAUAAGCAAUUCCUCCAAGAGCUGAAGUUGUUUGACGAAAUGACUAAACUAGCAGCGGCAGGAGAAGAUGUUUCAGAGAAACUCCUGCAAUGGGAGGAGGAACAUCGUGGCGCAGACACAAAGCAUAACUAUCGUGAGAGUAUGAGGAAGAUGCAGGGUAAGCGACCGUUCCUCACAGAAAUGGGAUAUCUAGGCAUGGGUCCUAUGGAGGGCAAAUCUGGGGAUGUCGUUGCUGUCUUUUGCGGUGGACGAAUUCCUUUUGUACUGCGUCCUAUUGAACGGUUGAGCGAGCUUGGUAAGUUCGUGCAUAUCGGUGAGGCAUACUGUGAUGGUUUUAUGGAUGGUGAAGCCACUGGAAAGGAGAAACAGACUUUCUGGCUUACCUGA